AUGGGCAAUUAUCGACAUUUGAUGUGCUAUUUUUCCAUAUUUUCCAUGAUUUAUGCAAUUUUGGAUUGGAUCAUUCAGCCGUACAUCCACAGUCAUGGUGCCAGUUUUUCAAUGAUUAUGGAUUUGAGAGAAAGUGCGUUGACUCGGGAAAUUGCAUUUUUCUUCGUUGCCUCUCUCGCCGGUUGUUUCGGUGUCACAAUCUAUGCAAUUGCGAUAAAUUUCAUUUUUCGAUACCUUGCAUUACAGAGAGAAGGUCGUCUCCGAUUUUUCGCCGGAAAACGUCUCAUUUUCUGGUUCACAAUUCCAAUUUCUGCUGGAUUCUCCUGGGUAUUCUUGUGUUGGUUCUCAAUGUAUCCCGAUCCAGAUUUUACUGAUUAUUUGAGAGAAAGUAUAAAAUUAAAUUACGAGUUGGAUGCAAAUUAUAUCACUUACACUGGAUCAUAUUUCUAUAGAAUUGAUCAGAAUGGAAUCGUCAAUUGGAGUAUUCAGAAUUCGUUGGGAGCACUUGGAUUGAAUGUUUUGAUGAUAAUUCCAUUCAUCACAAUUCUCAUUUUUGGAUACAAGAGUUAUAUGAAAAUUCAACGCUUGAUGUCUCACGGAGAGUCAAAUUAUACAAAGAGACUUCAGAUGCAAUUGUAUAAAGCGUUGGUCGCUCAGACCAUAAUCCCAAUGACAUUUCUAUUCUUCCCAAUCGGAAUUCUUUUUUCUGCUCCAUUAUUUCAUUUGAAUAUUGAAAAAUGGAGUAUAAUUGUGACUUUAUUCUACUCCCUCUACCCAGCAGUCGACCCGAUUCCAAUUAUUUUAUUCAUCGAUGAUUUCAGAAAUUCCUUCUUUUCAAUUUGUAAUCCUCGAACUUCCAAAAAUCAAGUGGCAUCAGUGGUUUCUGUGGACGCAACAAUGGAUGUGGCCUGA